GCCGUGUCAUGGAGGCUCAGUCUCGCAGCAGCCAUUGAAGGGGAAGGAACUGCGGGCGCGCGCGUGUCUCUGUGUGUGAAUGUGUGUGCGUGCCCGUGUGUGCGCGCGCGGGUGUGUGGACUAGAAGGUGGGGGCAGCCGAGUUCGUCCCAAGUCGUCGGACUCCAUUUGCUAUUCCUUUCUUUCUCCCCCAUACCCGGGUGGUAGUGGGCGUCCGUCUUGGUGUCUCUUUUCAUUCAUCUCCAGACCUUUAGAGGUUUUAUAGGGUUGGGGGCAGUGGGGAGGGCGCGCGAGGGGAAAGAAGGAGGACAUGGAGAUGAAGAAGAAGAUUAACCUGGAGUUGAAGAACAGAGCCCCGGAGGAGGUGACAGAGUUAGUCCUUGAUAAUUGCUUGUGUGUAAAUGGGGAAAUCGAAGGCCUCAAUGACACCUUUAAAGAACUGGAGUUUCUUAGUAUGGCCAACGUGGAAUUGAGUUCCUUGGCCCGGCUUCCCAGCUUAAAUAAACUUCGAAAGUUGGAACUUAGCGACAAUAUAAUAUCUGGAGGCUUGGAAGUCCUGGCAGAGAAAUGUCCAAAUCUUACCUACCUCAAUCUGAGCGGAAACAAAAUCAAAGAUCUCAGUACAGUAGAAGCUCUGCAAAAUCUUAAGAAUUUGAAAAGUCUCGACUUGUUUAACUGUGAGAUCACAAACCUGGAGGACUACCGAGAAAGCAUUUUUGAGCUGUUGCAGCAGAUCACCUACUUAGAUGGCUUCGACCAGGAGGACAAUGAGGCCCCGGACUCGGAAGAGGAGGACGAGGAGGAUGGAGAUGAAGAUGAGGAAGACGAGGAGGAGGAUGAAGCUGGUCCUCCUGAAGGAUAUGAAGAGGAGGAGGAAGAGGAGGAUGAAGAUGAGGAUGAAGCAGGUUCAGAAGUGGGAGAGGGAGAAGAGGAGGUGGGCCUCUCAUACUUAAUGAAAGAAGAAAUUCAGGAUGAAGAAGAUGAUGACGAUUAUGUUGAUGAAGGGGAGGAAGAGGAAGAAGAGGAAGAAGAGGGUGUGCGGGGAGAGAAGAGGAAGCGAGACGCUGAGGAUGAGGGAGAGGAGGACGAUGAGUAGCCCUCCCGGCUGAGGCUCCUGGCGCAGCAGAGCAGCCGCGUCUCCGUUUCUUCGUGUGUGAUAGCUGUCCCUAGGUGAUGUGCAGCUUUUAUAGGAACGUGUGGUUUUACUAUCUGGCCUUACCAUUCCGACUGAGAUCUGCUCGUCUGUUAAUCAUAACGUAUGUAGAAAAAAAUUUCAUCUUCCCGUUGUGAAAUUCUCUAGCACUGUGUUUAGAUUCUGGAUUUUUAUAAUUCAUGCUUAAUGUAUUAGACAUUUUUAGCUCAUAAUUAAAACAUGGUUGCUUUUA